GAGUGCACCACUUACCUUUAUAUCAUUCAUGACAAUCUUCUAAAAAGUUGCAUAUGGUUGCAUGCAUGUUUUGUUGUUAUGAACGAUGAUAUGGACACAUAAGAAAAUAAAUUUAUUGGUAUUUUAAUAUUUGAUUAAUAGAAAUGGGUAAUCAAGUAACACGUGCUGGACAUGUAUCUACGAAAAAAACUGAUGUUGCUGUACAUACCGGUGACAGUACAAAUGCAAAUAAUCUUUCGAAAAAUUCCUCGGGAACUGAAUUGGAAAGUAAUUCGCAUAUGCAAUUCUUUCCAAUUGAAAGUUUAGCAAAGAUUCUAUCUCAUUUAACGCAUGAACAAGAACAUAUAAAUGGAAUUACAGUAUCUGUAUUUCAACGUUAUCUCUUUCCUAAUUAUUUAGAAUUAGGUGAAAAGUUAUUUAAUUAUCUUCACCAUUCUGCUAAUAUUAAUACUUCGUAUUUGAGUACUAAUUCUUUUAAACAACAAGCAGAAAAGUUUCUUUCUGUAAUGAAUGAUCACACUGUAUUAGAGAAUUAUGUAAAAAUGUAUUCUAAUAUAAAAGCAGAUGGGAGUAUAAGUCCUGAAGGAUUAAAAGCUUUAUUGAAUAUUUCUUACAAUAUUGCUAUGGAUAAUAGUGGAAUUUCUUCCUGCAUUUAUGCAAAUCAAAUAAUAAAUGCAGCUGUUGUAUCAUGUUUUCAUGGUAAACAUGCUUUAUCUGUGAGUUAUGCGAGUAAUUGGAUUUGGCAACAUUGUCCACGUAUAAUAUAUGGUCCUCAUCGUUAUAUAAUACAUGUAUUCACAACUGCUUAUCGAAAUGGUGAAAUUCUUUUAUCCAAAGGACAACCUCAACCACAUUUGGAAAUACCAACACCUAUAUUAGAACAACCAGAUUCCUUAGAUUUUCCUCAAAUUUUAUUACCUGUGAGCUAUGUGUGGUUAUUAUCAAGUACACUACCUGAAUGUUAUCUUCAGGCAGAUGAUUCACCAAAAGAUAUUACUCAUGCUCUUAUAGCUAAAAGAAUGGGCAAUGUAUGUGCUAGACAUUGGACAUUGUUGUAUAAUAGCUCAGAACAUGGAACAGGAGCUAAUCGUUUUCUUCAUCAUGUAUUAGGAUAUAGAGGUCCCACUCUUUUAUUCAUACGAGCUGUUAAUUCAAAUGUAGAUACUGUAUGUCCUACAUAUUGCAUAUGUUCAGCGGUAGAAUGGCGCGAAAGUCAUCUAUAUUGGGGAAGUGAAAAUUCAAUGGGUAUCGAACUUUUUCCCUCAUAUAGAGUUAUUGAAAAAGGAGUUAAAGUAUUAUAUUUAAAUACUAGUAUCAGAGGUUAUCCUCAUGGAUUACGAUUUGGAAGUAAUCCUCGUUCACCAUACAUUAGUAUAGAUGAAUCAUUCCAUUCAGUCAGUAUUGCAGGUGCACCUUAUCCAAUUGCUAGUUUAGAAGUCUGGGGUUGUGGAGACACAAAAUUAAGGGAACGUCAAUUGGAAAUUAAAAAAUGGCAAGUGAAAGAAGCAGAAAAACAAAGGAUCGUUAAAUUAAGUGCUAGCGAUUGGAUAGAUCAUCCUGAUCGUUAUUUACUCGAAUUAGCGGGUAGGGCAUCCUAUAAUGAAUCAAAUAAAUAGCCCUAAUAUAAUCCUUUAUUAUAACACAAAAUUAAUUCAAGACUAUAUUAGAUUAUUUGUAUAUAUGUAUAUAUUAUCAAGCAUCUUAUUGCUUGAAUAUGUACUUAUGCUGUACAUGUAAGAUCGCAAACAUUAUACUUGGUUUAUUUGGUUUUAUUCAAAAUGUAUACUAUCCUAGUAUAUUAUGAAGCAGAAAUUUUCUUUUAUUUUAUUUUUACAAAGAAAAAAUUACAAAGAAAAAGAAUUUUUAAUUUAUUACUUAUUUUUUACGAAAUUGUUACUUAAAAGUGAUUAAAAUACUUCAAAGAUGUUCAAGUUUGUUUUAAAUAAUACUUUUAUGCUCAAUAAUAUUAUUAUAUUAAUAUAAAAAAUAUAAAAUUUUUAAAAUAUCAGAAUAAUCAAAAUGAAAAUAAAAAUAAAAUGUUAUUUUAUAUAUAUAAUCGUAAUUUAACAAUACAGUAUACAAAAUUUUGAUAAUAUUGUAAAUUUUUAUAAUAGAAUAGAAUAUAGAAUAUAAUAGAAUAUUAAAUAUAUACAUAUACUUGUUGAAAAUAAGACAAAUAUAUAGGUGCUAUUUUUACAUAGUUUUUAAUCAAAUAUUUAAAUGGUGUGUCUCAAGUUUGUGCUAUGUAAUUUAAUGUAGAUAUAAUAUCCAGAACUUUGCAUUCAUUUCAUAUUUUUAAGAUGUGACUAUUAUUGUGUGCCUUAUAGUGUAUGUACUUAAAAAGAUACUUAUUUAAAAAGCAUCAGAUUUUAAUUUUAAAUUGAACAACGAAAAAAAAAAGAAUAAAUGUAAUUUUAAGAUUAAUUACGUUUGAAACCUUCUUUUUUGAAAAAAAAUUAUUAUUAAAUAAUUUAUUUUGAAUAAUUUUUUUAAAUGAUUAAUUUAUAUUUAAAUAAAGCAUAAAAGUAACAAGCAGGAUUUUUUAUUUUAAUGAUUAUGAUAUAUAAAAUAUUAUUCUUUGAUAGGAAUAAAUAAGAUAUUUAAUGUAUUAUUUUCUUGUUUUCCCAAGGAAAAAUAAUUAUAUUUGAUAGUUUUUCUUAUUCAGUUAUUUCUUUAAUUUUCUAUUUCAGUAAUUACAUAGAUAAUAUGAUUCUUUAAGUUCUUCUAAUUUAUUGUUCAAUAUAAUAAUAUUUAAUAUGAUUUAUAUAGAUUUAUAUAGAAAGAUGAACUAUAUAUUGUUUAUCAUUUCAAAAGUAAUUUAAACAUCAUAUAUAUAUAUACAUGUCUUAUAACAUAUAUAAAUUAAUCUCAGGAAGUUAAUUAUGAAUUAUAUUAUUUAGUUUACUAUAUUCUAAUUUUUUAAUGUCACUGAAUGAAAAAAUUAAGAGAAAAUAACUUAAAUGUAAUUUUCAUAAAUACCUAUCAAUCCAAGUUCAUUAAUUUAUCUAUUAAGAAUAUUCGAUGUUAUUUUCAAUAUUCAUUCAUACUUAUACCAAAAAUUCUACAUGUAUCAGGAUACCAUAUAAGACAUAUUUACAAUUAUUUAAAUAAAUAUAUAAAACUAUCUCGAAUAAGUUUUAUAUUAUUUAUACUACUUAAUUAUAUAGCAUCUGUUAUAUAGUGGCAAACAUAUACUUACAUACAUAUGGAUAAUUAUAUUAUUUCUAUUAUAUAUAUAUAUAUAUAUAUAUAUAUAUAUAUAUAUAUAUAUAAAAUUCAUCUAAAUCAGAACACUUAAAUAUCUUUUUUAAUUGUAAGGACACAAAAAAAUAUUUUUUAUGCAAUUCGAAUGAUAUUUUCAAAAAUUAAAAUUAAUUUCUUGAUAUCAAUCAAAUUACAUAAAGUAUAAUCAUCACAAAUAAAAAAGAUAUUUAGUGGAUUAUUGUAUAGUGAUAUUGUAUUAACAAUAUUUAUAAUUCAAUUUAUUAUAUUUUUUAUAAUAUAUUUUUUAUUUGUAUUAUUUAUAUAAUUUCAAUAAUUUUUGUAUUGAAGACUGUAAAAAAUUUUAUUAUAAGUUUAUAAUAUUGUUAUGGAUACAUACUUAUAAACAUUAUUAAAUAUUUUUUCGAAUUUAGUAACUUUUCAAUUAAAUUUUAUUGACUUAUUCAUAUGUUUAAACAGAUGUGACAAAAUUAAAACCAUGAUUAAAAAAAUAUAUAUAUAUAAACAAUGAUGCUAAAUACAAUUUCUUAAGAAACAGACAUAUCAAAAUACUUUUUGGCUUAGAUAUAUCUCUUUAGAAUUCACAAUAAAAUUACGAAACACAUCAAUAUUUGGAAAAUUUGUAUAAAUCAAAAUCUGUAAAAGUAAUACACAUAAUAGAAAUCAAUCGAUUUAAAAUUGUAAUUAAUAAUGAAAUACUAUUAUAGCUCUAGAUAAUAAAAUCAAUGAGUACCCUAUAAUGUUUGAUCAAUUUAAUUUAAUAAGUAUAUUUAUAUUUAAUAAAGAAAGCAAAUUUAAUUGCUUGGAAUUUAAUAGCAAAAUUUAUGUAAGAGAUUAUACUGAUGAAAAAUAUAAUGCAAAAUAUAUUAAAUCAAGUAUGGAAGAAAAUUGAUUCAAUUUUUGUUUGAAAUAGUAUAAUCAUUAAUAAACCUAUUCAUUUUACUUUAUUGAAAAAACAGUAAAUCGUUUUGUUUACUUAAAAAAUAAAUAAAAUGUUAUUUAUUUUUAAAAAAAAA